GUACCCUCGCCGCGAUAAGCAGGGUUUCUUGGUUUCCUGUCUUGGUCACUUUCUUCAGACAGCCCUGCUAACUCGCCCUUUAUCGGAACGGAACCCACCCACGCCAUCUCCUGUGCGCACGCAACUCACCGCACUCUCUCCGACACUUCACGAUCAUAUCUCAAUGGAAUCCGCAAUCACCAUCAGCAUUCUCGACUCCGAGACGCCUCUUCCCAUCUCCAGAGCCCUCCUCACCGCCAGCCCCUCCACCUUACUCUCCGUCGCGAUAACCACCUUCCUCGUCUACCUCGCAGCUUCUGCAGUCUACCAGUCCUUCUUUUCUCCCCUCGCUGCGCUCCCUGGUCCCUGGUAUGCUGCCGUGUCUGACUUCUGGAUCACCACGCACGUUGUCCGUCUACAGCAAUGCAAGACCGUGCAAUCUCUCUUUGAGCGUUAUGGACCUGUCGUGCGAGUCGGCCCGAACAAAGUCGUCUUCUGUGAUCUCACUGCCACCAAGAGCGUCUAUUGCGUGCACAAGUUCGACAAGAGCACGUACUACAAGAGCCUUCUCACGAACAAUAACGAUCAUGCCAUGACCACGCUUCCGAACGCACAGCAUGCUGUCCGUCGGAAGGCCUACGCUCCUCACUAUACGACUUCCAAUCUCGCUCUAUUCCAACCUGAAUUGCACGACUAUUCUCUCAAGCUCGUGGAUACCCUCUCCAGCAUGUCGGCCAAGGCCUCCGUAGAUUGUCUUGAUCUAUUCCGGCAUCUCAUGGUCGACGUCAUUGGCACCACCAUCUUCGGCUCUCGUGGAGGUUCCUUGGAUAAUUGGGCUCGUAAUGUUCAGGAUCCGCUUGCGACUGCGGUUUACGACUUCCCGAAGCGAGGCAUUCUGCGUAGCGCCGUUCCUACCUGGGCAUGGAAUUUCGUAUGCCGAAUUCCGAACGAGCGCUGGCGUCAAGUUUGUGAUUCUGACAGGAUCAUGGCUCAGUUCGUCGGUGGACGUCUGUAUGAGAUGCGCGCGAAGAUCCAAGCCGGUCCAGUAGUUGGCGAAGCUGAUCCCGAAAAGAUCCCUUUAUUGCAGCGCAUGCUGCGAUACAGGAUCUUCUCAACGAACGAAAGCAUGCCGGAUCGCGACAUCAUCUCGGAGGGGAUGGGUCACCUCGUCGCGGGGGUGGACACUGCAUCAACCACGUUCUCCUACCUGUUCUGGGAACUCAGCCGUCGCUCGGACGUCAUGAAGCGGCUGCAAAGCGAGCUAGAUGAAGCGAUGCCCGAUCGUAGAGUAAUCCCAGACUGUUCUCUGCUCACUAAGCUGCCUUUCCUGAAUGCGUUCAUCAAAGAAGGCCUUCGGCUAUAUGGGGCAGCCCCAUCCCUCCUUGAGCGUGUCGUUGCCUCAACAACGGCAUCAAAUGUCGACGACUCGUUCGAUCUCAUGGGCUACGCUUUGCCUCCUGGAACGAUCGUCUCCACUCAGUCUUGGAGCAUGCACCGUGAUGCAGAUGUGUUCCCAAGCCCGGAAACAUUCUUGCCCGAGAGAUGGCUACCUAUUGACGGUAUCGAGGGAGAGGAAGAGAGACUCGGCAGGAUGAGCCAGUAUAUGAUGCCAUUCGGUGUUGGCACGCGGGUCUGUGGUGGGCAGAACCUCGCUCAGAUGAUGUUGCGCAUUGUGCUCGCCGCAAUCGCCAGUAACUUCGACAUCUCUGCGAACGCAUCGGAAACGAACGAAAUGACUAUGGAGAUGCGUGACGCCUUCGUCCUAUUCCCAGCUUCCAAAGAGUGCAAGCUGGUUUUCACCGCUCGCAAGUAAUAAUUGGCAUCGUCUGCCAUGCGCUCUACUAUGAUACCUUUUACACUAAAGCUUUGGUACCGAAUCCAGCAAUCUCCUUCUUGGUACGCGUAUCCUAAUUGUUAUCCUGAUGCUCUUCGCUCUGCGUCGCUGUGCGUUUAUUGUUAUCAAUAAUCCUCCCUGUUAUCGUCAUUGUCGUAGAUGUUGUCCUGUGUAUGCUUUGUAUAGUUCGAGCGCAUUGCAACCCUUUACGUGGAAAGGAAGAGCUUCCUAGAUGCAAGAUGAAGAUGGAUGCUCCGGGCAGGAAGCAAGGGAGGACAAAGGGAGAUCGAGUCUUUACUGUACGUAAUUGACAUGUCAUUACCGUUGAUUAUCAUGCAAUGCGAUACCUGCC